AUGGUAUUCUGGACCUCAGGUGUCAAUUAUGAUUCGAAACAAGUCAAGAAAUUCAAAUCGAGAGCAUGUUUGAGGACUGAAAAAUUCAAUGGCCGGUUGAAAGUAUUUGAGUGUCUCAGUGGAUUGUUUUGGCACAAGGAAAAUCGGUUCAAGCACUGCUUUGAAGCUGUUGCCGUUAUCUGUCAAUACGAGAUGGUACAUGACAAGCCUUUGUAUGAUAUUCUGAUACCGUCAGUGUUGGAUGAUAGCAACAAUGAAGAUCAUGUCUAUGACAGCUCAGGUGAAGAAUCCGAUGGUGACUCAACAUAA